AUGGGAAUAAAUACUCGUACUGAAAAAGUCGAACACUUUAAUGCUCCCAAAAUAAUACCGGACACGGAAUACCAGCAAAUGAUGAGAAAUCUUAAUAGUAAUCAAAGGAAAUACACUCUAAAUGUAAUGAAUUUGAUUAAAAGCGGUGAAAAUCAGUUUUUUCAUUUCAUCAAUGGAGGUGCAGGUGUUGGCAAAAGCACUCUAAUCAAAGCAGUGUAUCAAUCAACAUUGAGAUUUUAUAAUUCACUGCCAGGAUAUAAUCUAGAUAGUAUUCGUACUGCGCUAUGUGCACCAACUGGCAAAGCAGCAGCAUUAAUUGAUGGAAUGACUUUGUAUUCAUUUUUAAGUCUACCAAAAACUAAUGAAACAGUACCAUGUCGAGUAUGGAUUAAAUUCAACGAAGAAAAAACUGGACGGAAAGCUAGAGCCAAUUUUCACAAUGUAAUGCGUAAUAGAAAUAUUGAUUCUAGUCUUACACCAGUUGAACCAGUAAUACGUCAGAUAAAUACGAAGUCAACAAACUUCAAAGUAGAACCCAAGGCGGUACUUACGAGAAGUCGUGCAACAAAAUCAAGUGGUUUGUAUUUAAUUGGUGACUUUGUCUCACCAAAACCACCUGAACGAAAUGAUGCAGUGGCAGUGAUGUUCAAAACCAUGAGACCAGAACGAAUGCUGAAAUUUUCGCUUGAAUUUCCUGAAGAAUCUGAAGAGAACAAAUUCUUCAUUGUGUUUCAUAAUGUGCAAUCAUUGAAUAAGCAUUUUUUAGAUGUCAAAUCUGACAAAACACUUUUGUCUUCUUCUAUAAUAAGUCUUGUUGAAACAUGGACAAAAUCUAGUGACAAUUUAGAAACUGAAGGUUUUCAGAUAGUUCACAGACGUGAUUGUCACGAUGUACGAAAACCAUUCGGUCAAGUGAUCUAUUUUAAAAAUGAUUUACAAUACGAAACUAUUAUCGAAAGAUAUGAAUAUUCAGGCAAAGAUCAUAUUGAAUAUUCUUCAAUAAAAGUUGGUGAUAUUUGUAUAGUUUCUGUUUAUAAUUCACCAAACUCAUCAUUCAAUGUCCUAAAACGACAUUUUGACGAAAUUAUUCUUAUUUCUAAACGAGUUUGUGAAAGUAUAGUUGUUGUUGGGGAUUUCAAUAUAGACUUGAAGACGAAAACCAAUCAUCAAUUGACCAAAUAUAUGGAAUCAUUCGGACUCACUUUAAUUAAUAAAUUGAAUAAAAUUUCGACUAAUGCCAAAACACAAAUCGACUAUUGUUUCACUAAUGUGAAUGACUUGAAAUCUGACUAUUUUGAAAGUCUAACAAGUUUUCAUAAACCAAUAUGGAUGAGAAAACACAAAGUUUUGACUGAGGUUCAUUCUAAUGAAACCGAAGACAUUCGUACAAAUAUGUCUUUUGAUAUUGAUGAUGGUAUAAAUGAUGACCAAUCUGAUGCGAUGGAAGUAGAUGAGAAAUUGACUUUCGAUCAUCAUGAAAUAGUCGAUGAAAACGAACAUAUCGACUUAGAUAUGUCUUUACGAUUAGAAGAUCUCAGCGUUAAUGAGCCAUCUAAUAUGAUGGAAAUUGAAGAAAACUCUUCAGGGCUGUUUGAAGUCAUUGAUUCGAAUUCAGGGAAAAUUCUUGAUCGUUUUCUUUUUACAUUUGGUUUUGAUAAUAUUAUUGACGCUAACCAAAUUUCAAGUCAAGCUCGAGUAAUCACUGAUUUAAUUGAAAAAUCGCCGUUUAUAACUGAGAAAAAUAAAGAUAAAUCCGUGCGGUUAGAAACAAGAGCAGAAUAUUCUGUUCAAGCAUUUGAUUCAGUUUAUGCUCUAACACAUACGACUGGGGAUGGAAAUUGUUUAUAUAGUUCUCUUUCGAUAUUAAAUGUUGGUUCUGAAAAACUAACACAUUCGAUGAGAUUGUUGGCAAUUAAUGCAAUGAUGCAAAAUAAAGAUUAUUUCCAGACACUUUGUAACGG